AUGGCCAGAUUGUCGGAUGAAGCAAGCAGGACUACAAUAAAGUUUGGCAAGAGCACGUUGCCCAAAGGUGCGCGAGUGGAAGUUACCAUGAAAGAUGGCUCUACAUUUACUGGCCAGACUGUUCUCUACGAUAGUGCUGUAGAUUGGUUCGUUCUGAUGGAAGACAAAGGCCAGUUCUACGAGAAGUUAUUGAUCAACUACGAGUUUGUGGAUCAAGUAAGUGGAGUAAUAUCUAUUAAUUGAAAGGUUUGUGGUUUAAGCGGAGCCGGAGAAGUGCCAGAGCUCAAGGGGACUGACGAAGAAUUGAUGCAAGAAGCAGAAAGCCGGCUGGCAAAGGCUUUGGAGCAGAAAAAGUAUUAUUGUAGUGAUCAGGCGAGUCAGAAGGCGGUCAAGACCUUCAUGAAGUUAAAGCAGAUGUGAGUUUAGUUUUUGGUAUGGUUUGGGAUGUUUUAGGAUAGUUUUGGUCAAGAAAUACUUAAGCUUUCUGUUUCUUCAAGAAGAUGUUUCCUCCAAUAUAUUCUGUUUAUUUGUUGACUAAAAUACCAAAAAAGCUUUUAAGUGAAGUAAAAUAGUUAAAUAAAGGUCUGCUUAUUAAUGAGUUAUAGUUACUUUAGAUAAAAAGCAAAAACACGAUAAAAUUAAUGGAUUCAACAAAUAUUUAUAAAACAUUUUGUUGUGUGACCGCAAUUUACCAUUUGAUUAGUUUUGGCAUUUAAAAUGCAUUGUUUUAGUUUGACUUCAGUCGAGUGGGCCAAUAAUGAUAUUGUUGUGAUGGACACGGUGAGGAUUGUAGCUCCAUUCGAACAGGACAAUUGUGAGACCAUCAGCAAGUCUCGACAAGCUGACGAUUGUCUGGCACGGGUUAAGAAGAUUGUAAGUUCUGAUAUUAAGGGGAUAUAAUGUUACACAAAAAGGGGUAUAUUUAGACAUUUAGAUUCAAAAAAUAUUUAAGUUUUUAUAUUUUUUGAGUUUUUUGGUCAAGGUUUUAUUAUAGUAGGUUAUAUUUAAAUGAUAUGAACGUUUUGUGACAGAUUUAAUUAUAUCAGCUUGAAGAUAUCUAGAAUUUCAAAUUUCAGCUGGCCCAUUUGAACGAAACCACUGGUCAGGAUUGA